AUGGCCUCACCAUCUGACGACCUCCCAACCGCGUUCGAGAACGAUUAUCUGGUCAGGAAGGGUCUUUGCCCUGUAACUCAAAUACGGCACCAAGCGGAACCACUCGAAAGCCAUUCGCUAUACUUUGAGCAACAUGGAUGGGGCACCGAAUAUAAAAUCAUAUUCAUAAUGGGCUUGAACUCGAGCGGAUUCGCCUGGGGACCUCAGGUCAAGCACUUUGCUCCUUCGGACUCACAUACAAUCCUUGUAUACGAUAACCGCGGCGUCGGAAACUCGGGAUACCCACGAGGACCAUAUACAACAGCGGGCAUGGCAGAGGAUGCGAUAGUCCUCCUCGACUACAUUGGCUGGACCGAGAAGCGUGGCGUUCACGUUGUCGGUGUCAGCUUGGGGGGAAUGAUCGCACAGGAAUUGGCGUCUCGAAUCCCUGAACGUAUUGCUUCGCUCUCACUUAUCGUCACGACGCCAGGUGGUCAUUUCUGGCAAAACCUCCCUCCUUGGAAAGGCGUGCGUUCGCUCGCAACGCUAAUGUUCACCCCCGACAUUGCCAAGAAGACACCCAUUGUAAUGGAAAUGCUCUUCACAUCCAACUGGUUGAAGGAGAAGGCCAAGGAUGACCCACAGGGCCGGACGAAUUUCCAGGUCCAGACUGAGGAAUAUAUCCGUCGUAUGAGCAUCACUAAGCCCCAGCAAUUCAUGGGCCAUAUUUCGCAGAUGUGUGCUGCUGUUAUGCACAGAGUCACUCCUGACAGACUACGCGCGAUAUCACGCUCGAUCCCGAAGGUCACAAUAGUUACAGGCGAUGUAGACAAUCUGGUGCUUCCAUACCACUCCCACGACAUCAAGGCGAGCAUGCCGGAAGCCGAGUUUGUGCAAUGGGAAGAUACCGGUCACGGAAUUCACGUUCAACGAGCGGAUCUGUUGAAUGCAUUGUUGGAGCGUACUUUCAAGGAAGGGAAGGAGCGCAGCGCAGCGGAGUCUGCCUAA